UGCAAACAAAGGAAGAAAUUAUACGGCGGCUCCGUGUGCGAUAUUUAUACGGGCGGGACCCGCCAGGGCCUUCAGUGUACCCUGCGACGCCGAGUUUCUGUGGCGUUAAUUUCAACGUAAACAUCACAAAUUACAGCGAUAUGAUCGGCCGUAAACUCAGUGCCGUUAUUCUAACGGCCGCCUGCACGGCUGUGCUCUUCGCCUCCACUUACGGGCAAAGCCCCAACUGCCUAGGAUGUUUGUGCGAGGCCUCCUCAGGCUGCAAUAGGACCAUAGGAUGCUCGUCCUUCGCAGGAUAUCACUGCGGACCAUUCCUCCAUGCACGGUUAGAUACAGCGAAAACAACAAAAUUUACACUUAACGUGAACAUUUACGAAAAAAAUAACGAAGAAAAAAUAUAUUUUUUCGCUAUAUUCGAAACUUUUCUGUACAUUUCAGCAUUUGAAGCCUGCGCCAACGACAUCUACUGUGCCGCCGACACCGUGGCUCUCUACCUCAAGAAGUUCGAACAGGACUGCAACGGUGACGGGCAGGUCACGUGUCUGGACUACGCACUCAUUCACAAGAUCGGGGGCUACGGCUGCCGCGCCCCCCUCCCCCCCAACAACCCCUACUUCCUGGCCCUCGACCACUGCCUCAGUGUCAUCAAUGAAUCAUGAAUAAUUCAGCAAUUAAAUAGUGAUGAACAAGUAAUCUAUUAGUUAGUGGUGAAUAAUCCAACAAUUAAUUAGGAUGGAUAAUUCAUCAAUUAGUUAGUGGUGAAUAAUUCGUCAAUUAAUUAGUAAUGAAUAAUCACUAUAGUGGUGAAUGAUUCGUCAAUUAAUUAGUGAUGAAUAAUUUAUCAAUUAGUUAGUGAUGGAUAAUUAAUCAAUUAUUUAGCGAUGAAUAAUUCAUCAAGUCGCUGUGAUGAAUAGUUCAUCCAUUACUGAGUGAUGAAUGUUUUUUUUACGUUGUUCUGAUGAAAGAUUAUGAUGCUAUGUAUAUGGAUAAUUCAUCAAUUAGUUUCUGAUGAAUACUACAUCAUGUCAUUAUGUUAAAUGUUUCAUGAAGCCUAAUUAAUGCUAAUUAUCAGGGCGACUCAUAACUCAUGUUGCGUGAUCUUUGCAAUGUAUGUUAAAAAAAUUGAAAAAUAAUUAAAAUUCUGCUAAUUGAUCAGCUAUGAGAUUUUCCACAGAGAAAAAAUAAAUAUAAAUAAAUUUGAGAUUUGUCUAUUAUAAAUUACAAGCGCAAAACGAAAAUAAUUGUCAAUGAACGAAGAGAAACGGCAUUUUUUUUAAUCAGGAAUGGAUUUAUAUAUUACUUGAUGAAAUAUAUUCAUGCGAGCGUUUUAUAAUUUCAUAAAUAUUUCUUUGAAUAAUACUUACAUACUAAAUUACUUGAUUUUUCACAGCAGUAUUAUUUAAUUAAUUUAACGCUAAGUGGAAGAAUGACCGUGUUUGUGAUUCAUUCGUUGUUUGUUCACUAUAAAUGAUUUAAUCAUCAUUGUAAUCAGGCAUUAAGA